CUCUCUCUCUCUCGCUGUCUCUCGCUCUCUCUCUUUCCCUCUUUCUCUUUCUCCACCUGUCUCCCUGUCUCUCGCUGUGCCUCUUUUUUCACAAUGGAGGCGAGCAUUGUGUCAGAUCCUGGAGCCUCUGAGACUGCCUCGCCAGCCCCAGGGUCGCUGCUUUCUCUCCCUGGUGGGCGCCUCCCUUCUGCUUCGCUUCCAUCGCCGCGGCACCGGCCGGUGCUCCCGGCGUCUCCGGCGCGCGCUGCCUCGCCUUCCUCCGUUCUGGUGUACGAUGCCGCGACAGGUCUUCUCCAGAGAUGUCCUGGCCGAACGAGAGGGGCGUCUGUGCCGUCUCUGUCAAGGCGCAGAGACAGCGACUCGCGUCUCCACACUUCCCGCGGCGUCUCUGUCUCCAUGGUUGCUCCCGACGCCCAGAAGGUCUCCCGCGUCGUGUCUGCUGCUCCCAGCGCCGUCAAUUCUCCCCGACGACGCGCGACCGAUGACAUCGCUGGAGGCAGGUAUCCGACGCUUGCUGAAGACGGCACCAAAUACCGCCUGACCGUGGCUGGCCACCCCAUUCAUCCCGUUCAAGGCGCCGAAAGCGUCGCCUCUCCACCUCUUCCUCCAUCAGAUCUCUUGGCGUCUCCGACUCCUCUUCUUUCUGGGUCUCCCUCGCGGCUUGCCAGCACUGAAAGUACGUCGAGUCCUCUGGGCCACCCAGGCUCUUUUCCGGUGAUGAAAGGGCAGCGGCCUCUGGAGAAAGCGCAGGGUGUAGGCGGCGACGGAUUCUUGCGCGACGCGCCUCGCUUUCCGCCGCCUCUCCUGCAGCCCAGCCAGAGGUACUCUUUGCCUCAGCAGGAGAACGGAUCGACUUUUGCCUGUCCGUACUGCAGACGAACGAUUCCUCUUCCAGUCCUUCAACACUACGUUAGCAGCCAUCCCCAGCUGUGCUGUCCAGGGCGUACAAAGGCGACCUCCUCUCAGGCUGUGGGAGGAAGAAGAGAGGAAUCUUUUCCUCCUUUUCCUCCAGGAGGUCCCAGUAGGGCGACCCGCCCGAGUCCGACGUGCCUGUGGCGGACGGGGUCGCCGAAUGACCUCAUCGAGGCAUUCAAAAGGAGACAGGGGAAAGUGUGGGGUCCUGUCCCUCCGUCGUUUUUCACUUCUCCCUACAACACUCAGUACUGGUUUUUCGUUUGAUGGUCACCGCAUGCCAACAUGCAAGAGAAGCAGGGAAGGCGAGAACGCCCGAAACGCUCACAAAGCACCACGCGCUACAGUAGUGUUUCCGCCAGCCUCCUACCUCCGCUGUCUCCGGAUAACGCGCAGCGCUCUCGACCGCCUCUGGGUCCAGUGCACGCAUCGAUUAUAUAUGGGGUGUUGUGUGCCGUGGAAAGCACAGGCAUAUAUCGAUAUCGAUAUCGCGCUGUACAGUUGCUCUUUACGUUAGCGAAUUAUAUGUGCAAAGACAUAUAUACAUGCAUAUCGAUUUUCUGCAACGCUGCCGUCCAGCGUCUCGCUGCCUGUGCAUGCCUCCGAGACUGUGUCGAGUUCACUUAUUUCAAAGCGGUAGAGUUUCAGCUGAACGUGACAGAAUGGCAACAAGAAGUGGAAGCGCUGCGGCUCUCGUGGCUUCUGUCAGUGUCUAAAGCACACUGGUAGAAUCCAAGAGAGAGAGCUUUCUCUGUACUUCUCUGGAGGCCUUGGCGUUCUAGCCGGUGGAUCAUUCGCAACUCGUGCGGGAGACGGGAGGACCAUAAGCGAAGGUUCGGGCCGUCUAGGCUAAUGCAUAUAUUCAGCAAACGUGCGUCUCAAUAGUAGCACUUUAAACGAAGUGAGUG